AUGGGCAAGGGCGGCUCGUCGACCGCGGCGGUGGAGGCGCCCGCGGUGCGCGGCGCCAAGGGCAAGCUCGUGGCGCGCACCGACUUUUUCUGGGACGACAACGACGAGCCGCAUGCCGCGCGCCGCAAGGCGAUCAUGAAGGCGCACCCCGAGGUGUCAAGGCUGACGG